ACUAAGGAAUAGGAUAAUCAGUAUCUAGGGGUGGGGGUUAGUUAACAUGUGUAUAAUUUAAACUAUAAAAAUCACGAAUCGACUCUGUAUCCUUUGGACAUCAGAUUUGGGUGUAUUAUCACCCCUGUGUCCCGCGCGCUGGAAUAAAGAACCGCAUAUGAUCGCCUCUGUGUGGUUAUAUGUUUUCCUACGCUAACAUUUUUGGCGACCCAGGACGGGACCUUGUGGGCGCAGCCAGGACCCCGCGACCCGAUCACGCUCCAGCCAGCACCGGGUGAUUUCUCGGGGAGCCCAUCGGAGCCGCGACCCUCGCCGCUCACAACGACCCCUGGUGAGAGGAAAACUCUAGCUCGGCUUCGAAGUGUUCUCGUGUGGAACAGACCACUGGCCCUGGAGAAUCCAGUCCACAAUAUCGAACCAGGAGAUGAGGUAUACAUCAAAACCUGGAACGAAGAACCACUAAAAGAGAAGUGGACUGGUCCCCAUCAGGUACUGCUAACCACCUUUACAGCAGUCAAAGUGGCUGGAGUGGAACCCUGGAUACACUACACGCGUGUGAAGAAGGUCCCUCGUGGAGUCCAGUCGUGGGCUGUAGAAACUUUUGGACCAACAAAGCUGAGGCUGAAACGUCUGUAACUGUUCAAAUGGUAUUGGUAACUGUGCUCAUGCUCUUCUUGUGGGUAAUGUUAAUUUCAUAGAUACUAAUGUCACCAGUAGGGAUUGCUGUUACUUUGGGAUAUGGGAUACAGAAGGGUCAACUAAAAACUCUUCAUUCUAGAAUGAAGAGAGAGAUACAGGCAAAAACACAAGUAAUAGAAAUUUCUAAUGAAAUUCGGGCUGAGAAUGUAAUGAUUGGAUUGGUCAGAGACUUUUCCAAAAUGCAUAAUACCAGCAGAAUAACGGCCUGUCUGCCAAUACCAAAGGCAGCAGGGGACCCAGUAAGCUGGGGAAUAAUAACGUCAAAAUUACCUGAAAUAGGAGGGAACAAAACAAUUAACUGUAAACAAGUACCAGAGUCAAGGGUGGUGGUCAGAGAAUACUGGAAGAUAACAGAGGAUUCCUAUAUGCAACCCAUGAGAAAGUCAGAGUGCGUUCUUAGUAAUGGCAAAUUGGGACAAAUCAUAGAGUGGUGGGUUAAGGACCAAGACCUUGCAAAAUGGCAAUGUUGGUUUCUACGCUAUCAAAAGAUCAGGGACAACGCUACAGAAAGUGUUGUGGUGUGGAAAUGUGAAGAGAAGGAUUGGAAAGGACUGGAACCUUGGGACAGUGCAUGGUCUGUGAGCAUCCUCCAGAAAUUCCAAUAUAUGGAAAGCACACCCUGGUGCAUUAAAUGGAAAGGCUCUGAAAAUGAGACAGAUCCCACAGUGACGAAUACUGAUACUAGUAGUCAGAAAGAGGCAAAUAAGGUAAGUUGGUGGGUAUGUAAGAAAAUUUAUGAUUGCACCUCUGAUAAUCUGGAAAUGAAACAGUGGUCACCAUUGGCAAUAGCCUUACGAAUUGGUUGUGCCUGCAGGAAAAUUAAACACAAACAAGGCAAAAUAGAUUCUAAGAUUAUAGUAGGAUGUAGCAGGAGUACAAUUCGAAGUCCAGGACCAUUUGUAUGGGCAAUGAGUGAUGGCACAUGGACAACACACUUGCCUAUGGACAGGGAGGUAAGAGAAAUCACCCUGGGCCUUCCCACUUUAUGUCCAAUUUGGAAGAAAUCCCCAUUUAACAGGAGCAGUGAGGCCUUGCAAAUAAAAGCAAAGCGAGACGUCUCAGAAGACAAGAACCCAGAUGACACUUGGAAGGAACCCUCUAGUGGAGUAAAGAUUGGGUGGGCCCUAGAAUCCUUGUUUGGUCCCAUUGCAAAUUAUCGAAAUAGAGAAAUGCUAUAUAGACUCACAGGUCAGGUAGACAGAUUAGCAAGAAUCACAUGAGAGGGAUUUAGGGAACUCAAUGUGCAGUUACAGGCCACCACCAAAAUGACCCUGCAAAAUCGUUUGUCUUUAGAUAUGUUACUUUUGAAAGAACACGGAGUGUGUGGAUAUUUAAAGGGACAAAUCGACCAUUGCUGCAUCCACAUCCCAAAUGUAACUGCAGAUGUAGAACAUGACAUCAGUCAGUUAAAACAAAUAGAGCAUGAGGCACAAAAGGAACAAAAGGAUUUAGCUACUAGCUGGUUGGGUAAAAUCUUUGAAGGAUUAGGAUGGAAUGUGAGUUCAUGGAUAAAGUCUAUCCUUGAAAAUCUGAUAAUUUUACUGAUUAUAUUUUUAGUAAUUUGGUUAGUUUACAGAAUCCUGAAGAGAGAGAUACAGAAAAAGGCAUCUUGGAACAGGACCAUAA